AUGGCCGAGCGGUCUAAGGCGCUGCGUUCAGCCAUGCUUCUCCUGAUUCUGCUCACUACCUUUGCUGCCCUCUCUCUGGCCGUGGCAGCAGUCGUUUGGAGAGACAUCAGCUCCAAGGUGAAGGGUAAAAACCGGACGUUCAUCAGCCUCAUUCUGCAGUAUGUUGAGAUGAAGAUGGCCAGCCGGAUAGGAAGGGGUCAGAGACAGAAACUAGAAACUGAUACACUGAAUGUGAAGAAAGUUCAAGAAGAGAUUCUGCUGAAGCGACUGUCUGAAAAUGCAGACACGUGCUAUGGGAGACAGUACAACUUCUGCUCCAUUAAAGGUGCUGCUGAUUUCCGAGCCCGUCACCCUCUCACCACCUACGAGCACUAUGGAGAGUUCAUCAGACGGGUUGCAGCAGGAGAAGAGAAGGUGAUUACUGCAGUGAAGCCUGAGAGUCUGGUCAUGACCUCUGGUACGUCAGGACCCAGCACCAUGCUGCUCAACACCAUAGACACCACCAGAGAGCUCCACCUGCAGGGUGUAACUGUGUGUUUAGUAGUCAUGCAGAAUGCUUUUGCUGAAACUAACAGCCUUCAGCGCACCACCAAGUUCUUCUACACCCCUGCCUCUCGCCGGUCUGAAGCCGGAAUCCCCAUCCGACCAAACUUUUCCACACCAACCUCAUCCCACUACGGACGCACACUCAGCCUCUUCACAACUCCUGCUCCAGCCUUUACGGUUCUCAAUGAGAAGGACAUUCUGUACCUUCACCUCCUGUUUGCCCUCAAAGAUCCCACAGUGGGAAUACUGGAAUCCAGCUUUGCUUCCACUGUUCUCAAUGCUUUCAUAGUCUUAGAGGAUGUGCCACAGAGACACAUUCCUAUGCUUCAGGACGGUUGGGGCGAUGACAAUAAAGAGCGUUGGCAGGAGCUGGUGGAGGACAUUGAACGUGGGAAAAUUAGCAAUGCCUUGUGUCUGCAGCCUGAUGUGAGAACCAGACUGGAAGCUCUGAUGAAGCCAGACCCAGAGAGGGCUGCUCAGCUCCUUGCCCACUUCCAUAAUGGUUUCCAGGGGAUUGCUAAGUGUGUGUGGCCUCAACUCCACCUGGUGCUGGCGGUAGACUCGGGCACCAAUCAGAUCUAUGGUGAAAUGUUGAGGAAGGGAUACUGUCAAGGAGUGCCUUUUUAUUCACCACUUUAUGCUGCUGCGGAAGGUCUGAUAGGCGUGAACCUGUGGCCUGAUAAACCUGCAAGACAAUACCUGCUGUGUCCACGCUCGAUGUUCUUUGAGUUCCUGCCAGAGAGCAGCCUGGAUGAGGAGUCGCCUCAAACUCUCUUGAUGGAGGAGGUGAAGGAGGGGGACAGCUACGAGCUUGUUGUCACAAACGCCUCAGGACUUUUCAGAUACAGGAUUGGCGACAUCGUGAAACUUGUUGGAUUCCACAACCAGUGUCCCAUCGUGGAGUUUCAAUACAAACGGGAUCAAAUGCUGAAUGUUCGAGGUGAGAAAGUGUCUGAAGCGGUGUUCCUUGGUGCCUUAAAGAAAGCCGUUGCUCACUGGCCCAAUGCUACGCUUGUUGACUACUCUUGUGCUGAGAGCAGCAUCUUGGGAGACUCCACAGGUUCCUCCGACCCUCACUACCAGGUGUUCCUAGAGCUGAAAGGUGUGAGGAAUCUAGCGGACACGCAGCGAUCCAAGCUGGACAUUUGUCUCCAGCAGGACUCUGCAGUCUACAGGUCUUUCCGUAUAAAAGGCAGUAUAGGCCCGAUGAGGGUGCAGCUGGUGGCAGCAGGUGCUUUCAGGGACCUUUGUAACCAGAUGAUGACCUACACCAACACCUUCAAAAUGAACCGCGUGCUGCGCAGGAAAGACUACGUAGACUUCCUGUUGGGAAAAACCGUCUCCUGA